GCUGCUUUGUGACUGGCAGAGAUUUCUGCAAAUUUUGCAGCUUUUGUGAGUCAUCACCCAUACUGGGGAAGGCUUUUCCAUGAUGUAGCUGCAGUUCUGUCAGUCACUCUGGGUUCUAUUAACAAAGAAGGUACUUGCUGUGUCUUUCCAGAAGGGUGAAUGAAAAUGAGAAAUAGCAAUCAUCUUUCUGUAAAACUGAAUGAUGGACAUUUCAUGCCUGUACUGGGACUGGGCACCUCUGCUCCUAUGGAGGUUCUUAAGAGUAAAGUAGAAGAGGCCGUCCAGAUAGCAAUUGAUACCAGGUACUGCCAUAUUGAUUCAGCUUAUUUUUACCAAAAUGAGGAAGAAAUUGGACAGGCAUUCCAGAAGAAGUUUGCUGACAGCACUGUGAAGAGAGAUGAGAUAUUCUAUACCACAAAGCUGUGGAGCACUUGUUUCCGUCCGGAAUUGGUUAGAGAAAGUCUGGAAAGAUCACUCAAGAAACUUCAGUUAAGCUAUGUGGAUCUUUACCUUGUCCAUUUUCCAGCAGCUAUGAAGCCUGGAGAGGAGCUUCUCCCAAGGGACCCAGAUGGACAAAUAAUAUUUGAUACAGUGGAUUUAUGUGUCACCUGGGAAGCUAUGGAGAAGUGUAAGGACGCAGGAUUAACCAAGUCCAUUGGGGUGUCCAACUUUAACCAUAGGAAUCUGGAGAGGAUCUUUAAUAAACCAGGGCUCAAGUACAAGCCUGUGUGCAACCAGGUGGAAUGUCACCCAUACCUCAAUCAGACCAAGCUAUUGGAGUAUUGCAAGUCUAAAGACAUUGCGAUGGUUGCGUAUGCUGCAUUGGGGUCCAACAGAGGAAAGGAAUGGAUAAAGAAGGAUAAUCCAGUUCUCCUGGAGGACCCGGUUCUCAACAGCAUUGCUGAAAAGCACAGAAGAACACCAGCCCAGGUCGCCCUGCAUUACCAGUUGCAGCGGGGUGUGCUGGCCCUGGCUAAGGGCUUCAAUGAGAAGAGAAUCCAGGAGAACUUCCAAGUUUUUGACUUCCAGUUGACACCAGAGGAUAUGAAAAUCCUAGAUGGCCUAAAUAGAAAUAUUCGUUAUGUUAAUGAUUCCAUGCUUAUUUCACACCCAGACUAUCCAUUUUUUGAUGACUAAUAGCAAUUGAAUCUGUGGUUUCUUCAAACUUCUUUGAUUUGGGCUGAUGCAUAGAAAAUACCUCAAGAAUGAGAAGCUGCCUGGCUGACUUUAUAUUGCUCAGCUGGAGUACCUGUAUUAGAGACGCCUCUACACACAGUAUUAUUCAGCAAAGAAAAUAAAGAUACGUUUCAAACAGUUUACCCUCCUACAGUUUGGGCAUUUACUUUUCAUUUUGAUGUUGUUUGUUUCAUUGGUUUUCCUGUAAUGAAUUUUAAAUGCCAUUAAAGCACUAAAAAAAUCAA